AUGUCACCAGAAUUGUUACGACAGCUUGAUGGAGCUUCGACCAAAGAUCCAGGCUGCGUGCAAUACGGAUAUGAUGCUGUAGCAUUCCUCUAUGAGGACACAAUUUUCCCACCAGCAUACAUGGUCGAUUUACUGCUCCUUUCAUACAAUAUAUAUUGCUACCGAGACAGAGCUACUGGGAAAUUGUGCGAUGUUCAAAUCGCGGAAUGGCGAGUCCAUCGUGAAGCAGACAAACCACUCGAGUGCGAGGACUGUUUGUUGGCGCCAUUGAAGAUAGAGUUGGAGGCAGGUAUAAGUUACAAGGAUGAAGAUGCAUCCGAGUUCGAGGAUAUCACGUCCAGUUGCAAUGCUAUAGGGUACGAUUACACAAAACCUGCCCCGUAUGCAACAACACUGUCAACGGAGUGGUGGGCCACAAUGGUAAAUAGUGCUUCGAUAACGCCUACUGAUGCAGUAUCUAAGAACAGAUAA